AGGUGGUGACUACUUCCUCUCCUUUAUUAUUUGCCAUUUUCUCACUUGAUGCUCGAGAAUCAAAUCUGAUGUGCAUUUUCUACAGAUUAAAAACAUUAAUGUAAAACAAUAUUCCAGUGGAGUUAUAUAUUGCAGUGGAUUAGUAGUGUAAUUGGAUCCUCCUACCCGACGCCACAAACGUAGGACGCCGAUCUCCUUUUGCAAGCAAAUCUACCACUGCGAAAAUAAAAUUGACAUUUUAUAUAUUAAGGAUAUUAAAAGAAUAAAUGAAUCCCGAAUGUCCUUGUUACGCAUAAAGAGCCGCUUGCAGAGUUUAAGAAACGCACAGAAUAUUCACAAAAUGCUUGGUCAAUUGGUCUGGUGUUAAAUGAAAAUGGAAGAAAUUGAAUACUUGGAAGAAUAUGAAGACAUAGUGAUUCGUAAUUCGGCGAUAAAUUUGGGAGGUGCUGAAGACUCGAAGACGCCCAAACCACAUGAAGAUAAAGACGAUGAUGGAUCUUCGUCGUCGUUAGACCAAGACAUAUUCAAUUGCUUAUUUGAUGACAACUCUGAGGACGAUAAUGAGGAACAACAGCCCAAAAGAGAUAUGCCAAAACCAGAUCAGCAGCGCGAAUUAAGAGCUUCACUUGACUCAAUAGAUUUGAUCAACGAUUUGGGAGAGCAAGUUGCAAAGGAAUUCGAAAUAUCCAAAGCUGCUGCGGGACAAACAAAAGAUACUAUCAAUUCCGAAAAUAAUUCAUCUGUGACAUCAAACGCGAAAAGCUGCGUUAGAGUUAAUACUUUAAAAAAAUUGCCCAAAGUAAAAGAAACACUGACUAAAAAAGUGGUGAUUCCAAGGAAACUGAAUGUUAUUAAUGAAAAGCCCGAAAAAACCAGAAAUCUCUCUACGACGAUUUCUCUCCUCUCUGAUAAACCAAGAACAAAAUCUCUCUCCAAAGUGGGUCAUUUGCCGACAACAUCCAACGUUUUGAAAAGGUCUAUCGUAUCGAAAACAUCAAGCGUAAAGCAGCGUCCUGCAACAAUAGUAAAACCAGAAAAAAUUAUUACUAAAGAUCCACCAGAAGACCCACUAAAUUUAGACGAAAUUUCAUCAACUGAAUCGGCUAAUUUUUCUUCAGUCUCUGAUAUAACGGGAGAAACGUACAAUAGUGUAAGUGAAUUUGACGAUGAUGAUUAUGAUUUCACAAGUCAUAUCGAGAAUUUAGAAGAAGACGAGGAAUCGAGCAAUUCACAAAUAAUAGAUAUAUCGAACGAUUCCAGUGGAUCACGUUCUCAGUUUGAAUUUCUACGCGGCUCUACACCAUCUCCUGUGGUAUCAGAGGACCGAGAUAUGCAUAGCUUACCUGGUACAUCAAAAGGUAGAACUUCUCCGAAGCUCAUGGCCAACCACGAGAUCAUUAAAAAUUUAAUGAAGAAAGAGGGAAGACCCAAACUGUUACAACUCAUUAACGAACAGGAACAUUUAAGCAAAGGGUGUCAAAAGGAAUCAAUAGAUGAUUCCAAAACAGGUGCACCAUCUUCGGGCGGUUCGCCUAAACCUAGAGAUAUCGAGUCUGCGGAUUCGCAUGACUCUUACCUAUCUGUGGUGAAUGAAAUGCUAGAAGAGUCAUAUGCCGAAGCUAUGAAAAAUAGUAAACAUGAAACAAUGGCAAAUCAAGAAGUUGGAGCUGAAAUGGAAAUAUCCAUAGAGGAAACUACUGAAACAUCAAAUCUAACAGAUAAAACUGAUGUAAUAUGCGCUGUUAAAAAUGAACAGGCCAAAAAGUCUAAUAUGGUGGCGAAUCCAAUAAGAGAUUCAGGUAAAGAAUCGGGUAAAACCAAAGGACAAAGCGAAAUUAAACAGACAGAAACUGUGCUAAAGCCACAGUCGAUAACUUCAAUGGUAUCGGAAAAAAUCACUUCGACGACACCGAACCAAGAGAAAAACAAAUCGGCUGUUCACUCAGCGAAUGACGAGAGACGCACUGAUAGGUCUAUAAAAUCUCUUGGCGAGAAGGACGAAAAUACAAACAAAAAGGAAUCUAAAGUUCCUGAUUUUAAAGCCGACAAAGAUUUUACUUUGGAUGAGUGUGGAUUUCAAGGAUUUGCUGAAGAUAUAAACAAAAUGACAGAGGAAGCAUCAAAGGAAAUACAAGAGCCAUCUUCCUCCAAUAAAUCGGAAAGGCAUAACAAACUGCCUGAUAACCAGGAAAAAACUAAGAUAAUAUUGGCCAAUACAACCCAAUUAAGAGAAACAGAUUUUGAUAAUCAUAAAAUGUCGCAGUCUGGAGAAGAAGCAUCGAUAGAAAUACAAAAGCCCGCCUUUUCCAAAACAUCGGAAACGCAUAAGAAACUGUCAGAAAAACAGGUAAUAUUGGAGAAUACAACCCAAUUAAGAGGAAAAGAAGCAUCAAGGGAAAUACAAAAGUCCGCUAUUUCCAAAAAAGCGGAAACGCAGGGGAAUCUGCCAGAAAACCAGGACAAAAGUAAGAAAAUAUUGGUGAAUAAAGUCCAAUUAAGAGAAACAAAUAUCGAUAAUAAUAAAAAUUCGCAGCCUAAAGUUUCACAAGACGUGUCUAAAAUCACUAUCAGAAAUCCCUUUGUACAUAGGAAAGUUAAGAAUAUUUCCACGAAGGAUAAAAUUGAACGAACAUCCACUGGGUCCAAUAAGACUCCAGAGAAAUGUCCAUCGGCGGAUACAAUAGAAGCUACAAAUGAGAAAUCACAUUUAACUAAACCAAACAAUACGGAACGGAGAAGUACGGGAAACAGUGAAAUAGUUUUGAAAAAGGAUUGUCAUACCUUGAAACACAUUACAGUGGCGGACAAGAUAAAAGCUGUCGAAACUCCUGCUUGCUCGAAGGCACACCAGAAAAAUACAAAAACUUUUACAAAAAAGCUCGAAAAAACGAGCAAAAAACCGUGUGCUACUGUCGAACAUGAAAUGAUCGGUUUCGACUUAAAAGAAAGAAAACCAAACGAAGCAUAUAAAUCGCAGCACGCAAAAGAAAAUGAAAGUAAAGAGCUUUCUCGAGACUCUGAAGACAAAGUCGAAAAUACUUCUAGCGAAAAGCUCGAGGUGCUUACUAAAGCUCCUAAUCUAAGAAAUCUGAAUUGUAGCAAAAUGGAGGUCCCGAAAACUGUUUUAGAAAUAAAUACAGAGGAAAAGAGAACAUCGGACAACAAUCCAAGAAAUAUGGUCCAAAUCAAGGACAACAAAAGCACUGCUACAGAUAAAUCUAAUAAGUCGGAGGAAGACGCAGUAAUAAAAAACAUGACAGAAAUAGCAAAACUAAAUCCUGAUGAACCGCAAGAGACAGAUGUCCCCAUUAAAGCUCUGAAAGCGCCCGUAUGUCAAUUAUCGGACAGUAAUUCAACCUCUAAUCAAUCUGAAACUACUUUGAAAAAUCAGUUACCAUCUCACAAAAACAAUAAUGACCAGCACAGCGCCGUCGAAUACGCCAAGCCUGUUAAUGCACAGGGAAAUAAGUUGGCGGAACCUAUUGAAAAACGUCCAACAUUAUCGAAAAAAGAGUGUUCUACGAACAGUAGGGACAGCGAUAAUAAAACCGAUGGAACUUCUCAAGUAGUUGUUACAGAAUCCAAAGAGAAAGUUAUGAAUAAACCUUUUCAAGUCGAGAUAAAUAAAGUCGUUGAUUUCGAGUCUAUUUUAGUUGACAACGGAGAAAAACAACAAUCGCCAGACAACAGAAAUACACAGGAUAGCCCAAAGGGAUUGGAUCGCACAGCUAUUGUCAAGCAAAUUGACCAAAGUAAAAAAUCAGACCACGAUACUGUAAACCUUAAGAGAAAUAUUCGCAAAAUAAGGAGUACCACAAAGCAAGGUAGUGAAGAAUUGAAAGAAACUCCCAAAUUACAGAAACCUCACGAUCCAAGUACCGAUAAAAAUGAAGAUUUGGCUAAAUGUUCUCCAAGAAAAAAGAAGGCCGCAAACGUCUUAACGGGAAGUGAAAUUAUGAAAGAUUUAGAACACUUAUCAAUUACCGCUUCCGAAUCUGAUUCACGAGGAAAUACUGGGAAAACUCCUGAUAGAGUAACAUCAAUCAAUAACAAAAGAGCGCGAAAGGCCAACGAUAACAAAGAAGACGCACUGUCAAAGAAUAGAAAAAAUAUUGUUGAUUUUGCCGAAAGUAAUUCAGUUAAAAACAUAGAGGAUAACAUUGCUUCGCCGAAUCGGGAAAACGUAAAACGAAAUAAGAAACAAAUGGAAGCAAUGGUUGAGGUUCCAAAGUCUUUAAAAGAAAAAUACGAUGAAGCAAGUGGUUCUUCCAAUAAACAUAAAAUAUCUAGCUCAACAAAUGCCGCAUUGUCAUCUAGUUCAACAGAAUCGGAACGAAAAGAAAGCUUAAGCGACAAGCAAAACAUUAAUGUUGGAAAAGGAAGUCACAAGUCAAAGAAAUGCGAAGGUUUCUCAGAUGUGGUUGUAGAAAAAAAACCGAGUUCAAGGGAAGCGACAUCUGUCGAUCCAAUGAUGGAUGCGCAGGAUGCAAAUUACAAAGAUUACGCAGUUGACAACAUUUCCGAAAAAGUAUUACCGAAGCAAGACAUUCAAAAAGGAGAGUCAUCACUGCCUGAGCAGCAAGGCAACGACGAAGAGUCCCUUUCAAAGAAGAAAAAUGAAGGGGUGGACCAAGUUAGAACAUUGAGAAAACGCGCAUUGGAUACAUCAACAAAUGAAUCCAAGAAUAUAGAAUUGCCAAAAGAGCCACAGGCAGAUUUGGAAAUUAAUAAGAAGCGAACAUUGCGUUCGCCAGCACAGAAACCUGCAAAUGAACUUGCAAAACGAACUAAAUUAGAUAGAAGUGCACGCAUGCGAAAUGUGGCUACGGUAAAAACGCCCCCAAUCGUUACAGAGCCUUCACCCAACUCAGGAGUUAUUAUCGACGCGCCUUCUCAACACCCAAUAUCCGAACAAAUCAAGGCAUCGCUUACUACAGCAACGAGUAGCAACAUGGCAUCUACGGCCGUCGGCAUUCUGCGAGAUUCUGAUACUGAACAAUCAAUUACAGAAAUUCCGAAAAUUGUGCCAGAAAUAAAACCAGGUACCGAAAAUCGGUCCGAUACAUCACUCAAAGCUAAGUCUGCCGAUAAUGCGUCUCCCACUAAAAAGGUAAUUCUGUCAGAGAAGAAAAGAACAAAGCACUCAACAAAGAAAAAUAUAUCGGAUAAUAUAAUCCCUUCGUCAGUACUGUCAUUUGCUGAAUGGUUGGAUAAAAACAAGAAAGUCGAGCCAACUGAGGAUAAACAUAUAGAAGACAUGAAUAAUUGCAAAUCCCGUAAGUCCGCUAAAACCAAAGGAGCUCUAUCAAAGCAUGGAAUUGAGAUUGAAGAUCCCGAGAAAAGGCCGCAUACGAUUCAUGGCAAGAAACGUGAACACAAACAGACGCCGCCCGAAGCUAGAUUACAAAAUAUAGACUUAGCUCAAGAUGAAAAAAAUAGUUUCGCCCAUAAGGAGGGUACCUUUCAAACUUCUAGUUCUCGCUCACGAUCAAGACUAAAAAGACGUACGAUUGGAAACGCACAGCAAACAUUGAAUAGCAGGCAGCAGGUAGAUGUCGUCAGACCUUCUUCAGCCAGUCCCACAAAAGGGGAUAAAAACAAGAAAAGAACCGAAAUCGAAAAGCUCAUAGAGUCGAUGUCGAAAGAAAUGAAGGACGGCGGAAUUGAAGACUUAUUAAACAGCAGCGACCAUGUAAAGCGCCAAAGAGCCGCUUCCAAAAAGAACACAUCAACAGAUUUGGCGACAGCGCCAGAAAGAUCGCUUGCAGGCAAGAUAAAUAGUGCAGGAAACAAGGGCAAUUCAAUUUGCGAAUUUGCCUCAAAAUCCUCACCCAUUCGUCCAGCAAUGCUAGAUACAAAGUUUAAGAAACCAAUUGCACCCAAGGAAUUAAAUUUAUACGCAGUCAACAACGACUCAGUUCUUUCCAUAGAAACGGAGAAAGCUCUCAUUGACGAAAUAGAAAUUGUCAAUAUGAACUCCAAUUUCUUGAAGCCACUUAAGUGUGCGGCCCCGAAAGAACUGCAUCAAAAUGAAACAAAGACUAACAAGCUAGGCAAGACUCAUAUGCUAAGCAAUAAAAGCGCCCAGGCCAUGAGAUGUCGCAAAUUAAAGGUGCGAAUAAACCGACGUUUUGUUACCAAAUAUAUGCAAAGUCUUGAAAAGGAUAAAGUGUCAGAAGUAUUGAUGCAGAAAGGCAGUGGAAAACAUGUAAAGAAGAAAGGAGCUGAGCACAGUGCGCCUCUUGUUGUGCAAAAAGAUAGGCAGUCAGUCGUUCGUGUACAGACAACUGCUGAGAUGCCAGUAAACUGCAGGGUUUGGACACUUGGGAGAAUACAUUCCAUCAUCCACAUCAGUUCCACAAUCAGCACAAGGAAGUGUGAAGGAAGGAAAUUUGCCCACGAUAUUACCACACAUACAAAACUCGCCUCAUGUUGUCGAAUCCACAAACGAAAAUUCGCGAAACGCGUCUUGUAUAAAUAGGAAUCU